CCGCCAGUCAGACAGAAGCCAAGGAGGCCUUGACACUGAACUACGCACGCAAUGCCAAACUUAUUAGACAAGGUGUUGCCAGCGUUUUAGAACAUAUAAAGUAGCAUUAAGGAAGAACACUGCAAAUGAUAAUUCAAAACAGCGGCAAAAAGUGGCACCUGGCUUUACUGAUUAGGGUGAAGACAAUUUAGCGAUAACGAUUCAGUUUAAUCAUUUUCACGGGACAGUUUAGGAAAGCAGAAGACUCGAGGCGGUAAAUAUAUCGCAACCCACUAACCUCCCAGCGCACUUGUCCUAUGCUCUGAUUCCUCUCCUUGCGUCAGUGAUCUCUUAGUAUCCACAUUAAUAACCUGCUAACAUGGAGAAAAUGUUACCGGCGCAGGAAGCUGCCAAAAUCUACCACACAAACUAUGUGAGGAAUGCAAGGGCAAUCGGCGUGAUGUGGGCGGUGUUCACCAUCUGCUUUUCCAUCAUCACGGUGGUGGUGUUCAUCCAGCCUUACUGGAUCGGGGACAGCGUGAACACGCCUCAAGCGGGCUAUUUCGGCCUUUUCCACUACUGUAUCGGCAAUGCCCUGACCUCCGAGCUGACCUGCAAAGGAAGCGCCCUGGACUUCAACUCCAUACCUUCUCCAGCAUUUAGGACAUCGAUGUUUUUCGUGGGUGUCUCCACGCUGCUGGUGGUCGGCUCCAUGGUCUGCUUCGGACUCUUCUUCUUCUGCAACAGCGGAAGCGUGUACAAGAUCUGUGCGUGGAUGCAGCUGGCGUCAGCUGUCUGCAUGGUGAUUGGCUGCAUGAUCUACCCCGACGGCUGGGAUUCAGACGAAGUGAAGCGCAUGUGCGGCCAGCGGACGGGCAAGUACACGCUGGGCAACUGCACUGUGCGCUGGGCAUACAUCCUGGCCAUCAUCAGCAUUCUGGACGCUCUCAUCCUCUCCUUCCUUGCCUUUGUGCUGGGAAAUCGCCAAGACAACCUGCUGCCAGAGGACUUCCAGGCGGGUGGCGCAGAAAAACCCUGAGCUGGAAGAGGGAGGAGCAGAAGAGCCACAAGCAGGAGGCUUCCCUCCCAGAACAGCAGCAGAAGCCCUGCUCUGAUGGUGCUGCUCCUUAUCUCAAUGCAAGCGAUGGACAGAGUCCAGAAGAGGGUCAUUACCUAGGGUCAUGACUAAUGGGAGGUAUUAUGGUCUUGUACUGGACUUCUCUAGGAGAGCUGUUCUAUCCAUUUGAAUGUGAAAACAUAAAUAGUGGUUUGUGGCAUCUUAUUAGCUAAACUUAUGCCUUGUUUAACUCUUGACAGUAGUAUGCUUAUAAUAUGCUAUUUGCCUCACUUGUACAUCGCUUUGAACAAAAGGUACCUGCUAAAUAAGUAAAUGUAAUGCAAAUGUAGCAAGAUGCACCAAAAUAAAAUGAAUUGUGUUUUGAA